AUGCCCAUCCUCGCAUUUGUUUUUUUGGCCUCGGUGACCGAUGAACUUUACAAAUAUGCCUCGAGCUGGUGUCUUUUCUUUUCAAGGGCCAGUAUUAUUGCCGGGCACGGUCUAGCUUCGAGCAACUGUCCGCAUGUAGACGGCCUUGCUUUGGCGCUCUACCAGAUUUUAAAAUCUCUCAUUAAGCUGACAAGAGUUUUACAGAAACGAGACAAUCAUCGCCCUGCUCACGCAUUGACAACAAAACUGCCUUUUCGCAGUCAAAUAUGGCUUUGGAAUUUCGACCCUGGCGCAAAAUCCCCUCAUGAAUGUUGA